AUGGCAACGCUACCAGAAUACUCCGAGCCAAAUGAUUCACUACCAGGGUAUUCCCCAGGGUUGAAUUAUUAUGGUUUGGCAUUAACCAAGACAGAAUUUCUCACUCCGUAUCAUAGUAAUACAGGUUCCAGAGCUUGGAAACCGGUGCUACUUCAUUUAAAUUCUACUCAGUUAAACAUUUACGAUUUGAAUGUGGAGAAGAAGCUUAGUAAUUUGAUUGUAUGUCUUUAUUCCCACUUAAAUUCCUUGGAUGAAUUAGUAAUGGAAAUGAAUCAAACGUAUAAGAAGAAUACUUCCUUUGAUACAGAAUCUACUACUUCAGACGACCUUAAUGACAUAAUAGCUGGUGAUGCUUAUGGCGGAAAUAGUGAAAGAAGUAUCAUUCAUAGCUCAAAAUUAUCUAAAUUGAAGUUGAAAUUAAAACAUCAAAGAAAUCAAAAGACAUUAUCAUUGAUAAAGAAUUAUUAUGAUUUACUCAAAGAUAACAAAUUUUUAUUUGAACCAAGCGAAUCUCAAGAAGGAUACAACAAUAUAAAACAAUACCAAGGACAACUUAUCAAUUCAUAUUCAUUGGCCCACUUACAAUUGGGAGAAGCUCCUUCAUUGAAUCAAGUCAUAUCAGCCAUGUAUAAAGAAGAGAAUAUCUAUACCCAACAGAAUAAUUCAACAUUAGUAAAGUACAAGAAUGUACUUAGACUUAGGAUAGAAUAUAAACAAAUCUUACUCCAAUUUUGGUCUUUCCCUGCCAUGAAUAAUUGGUAUAGAAAUUUAGUAAUUGGUCGUGAUUUAAGUUUCCCACUUGAAAUGAGAAAUAUAUCUAGAUUAAAAUCCAUACCUUCUAGAAAUUCAAGAAGGGCUAAUGCAUUAUUGAUGGCUACGGCUGCUGCAGCUGAUUAUGGUCAUAUCUCAGGACUUGGGGAAGAUGCAAUACCUUUGGGAGUGUUCAGAUCAGGAAAUUUUAUAUCUAAAGAAGAUAGAGAAGAUGCCGUUGUUGAUGAUGGCGAAGAAUCAGUGGCAUCUAUAUCACCCUCAUUAUUUGAUAGAAGAGGUUCAGUUGUUACUACUGAUUCUAAUUCAUCCGUGGCGUCCGAUUUCCAGUCGACUACAAUAUUUGGUUUCAAGUUUUAUUCAACUGAAUCUACAUAUACCACUUUGGAAAAACAAUAUAUAUCCAAUUGUAUACCUGAUUUGAAUUCCUUUGAUAAAUGGUGUGGGAAAUUGAUUACUAUAAGUAAUGUUGAUCAUUUUGUGAGAGAUACUAAUAAUCCUGAGAUUUAUAUUAGCAGUGCGACAAUAACUGGGUUGGUUUGUUCACUUGAUAGAAAUGCUCAUAAAAUGAAGAAUCAAGGAAAUACAAAGACAUUCUUGAUUCAUGAAAGAGGUUUAUUUAGUAUUGAAUUGAACGAGAAUAAUUUUUAA